GGCGAGCAAUAAUGUGACGCUACAGGCAUGUGACGUCACACCCGGAAGUAAGGUGAGCGUGUGGAAGUGGUCGUGCUGAAAUCUUUAUCUAUUUAACUAAACACCGUCCUUUAAAACAUAUAUAAACACAGAAUGUCCAUGGACAUAACCUUUCUCGGGACCGGGUCUGCAUACCCGUCUCCUAACCGCGGUGCUUCAGCGCUUGUUUUAAGGACUGAAGGGGAAAACUGGCUUUUUGACUGUGGAGAGGGAACACAGACCCAGUUCAUGAGAAGUCAACUCAAGGCAAGCAAAAUCAACAAAGUGUUCAUAUCUCAUCUUCAUGGUGAUCAUGUCUUUGGUCUUCCCGGAUUACUGUGCACCAUCAGUCUGAACUUGAACCCUCAGCCGGAUCAACCUCCGUCCUGCGUGGACAUUUAUGGCCCACGGGGGUUGAGGCGCUUUCUGCGUGUUGCGUUGGAGAUAUCAAGCUCACAGCUGUUGUUCUCGUACGCUGUUCAUGAGCUGGAGACAUCAGAUGAUCAAUGUCCUGUGGAGGGACGUCUCAGUCCUGAGGUGAACACGAGCAAUGAUACGUUACAUCCGCAAGAGCGACCUGGAAGAACCAUUAAGUUAGACUCUGACACUGACUGUUAUAACCUCAUUGAUGACAAACAGUUCGUAGUGAAAGCGUUCAGGUUGUAUCACAGAGUUUCAUCAUUUGGGUUUUCCGUAGAAGAAAAAGAACGGCCAGGUCGCCUCAACACUGACAUGCUAAAAGAAUUAGGUUUAAAGCCGGGACCUCUUUAUGGACGUUUGAAGAAUGGAGAAUCCGUGACGCUUGAGAGCGGCCGCGUAUUGACCACCAGUGAGGUGCUAGAGCCGCCCCUGAAGGGCCGCAAAGUUUGCGUGUUUGGAGACUGCAGUUCAACACUGGGCGAGGGGUUUAAAAGGGCGUGUCAGGGGGCCGACGUGCUGGUGCACGAGGCCACGCUGGAGGACGGGCAGCAUGAGAAGGCCAUCGAUCAUGGACACAGCACGCCAAGCAUGGCUGCCGCUGUAGCGCUGGCCUGUGAAGCUCGCACCCUGGUGCUGUAUCACUUCAGUCAACGCUACAAACCCGAACCCCUUCGGCAGGACGGAGACGAUGACGUAACGGAGCUCAGAAAACAGGCUGAGCUCGUGCUGCAGGGGUCAGGGACGCAGGUCAUUCUCGCUGAGGACUUUCUCACGCUACCUAUCACACUCAAAAAGAAUUUAUCACAGUAGUCUACCUGUUACAUUGAAAUUAAUGAAUGGUUUAAUGUUAAGCUUGUUUUAAUGUAAUGUUU